AUGGUGAAUACCGCCCCGAAGGGUAAAAAAACAAAAACAUUAGAAGUUAUCUUACAAGAGAUAAAUAAAAGACAUGUGCGGAUAAAAAACCUCGAGAAAAAAAACAAUAAUCUCGUACUGUACACAGUACUUAAAGAGCUUUUGAAGCAGAUGCGAAAAUGUGACAGCUUAUUUGACAGCAUGAAACCGAAGUUAGAGUAUUUGGGCAGCUACUUUGACGGAUUGCGAGUAGGCCAACCAACUGAAUACGACCUUAACGUUAUACUUACACUACAUUUAGAUUAUAAUAAAAUAAUCUUAGAGUCUCAAAAGAAUGCCUACGUAAGUAUAAGAAUGCCCGAGGAGUUUCGUAGAUUGUCCAAAAUGCCUGCCACUGCCAUGAAAGGUUUUAAAAAAACCGAAUUUUGGUGCGAUCCAUCUUUUCGUCUAUCUGUUACAAGUUUCCGUUCGUGGGCUCAGAGCGUUGUUGAUGUUACAUUGAAUAAACUACCAGUGCAUGACGGUAAAAGAAUAUUGCAAUUAAAGGGCGAGACAUAUAAAAUACUCUACAAAAUAUCAGGUCCUGCGAAUACCAUUACAAUUUAUAUUGAUGACGACUACGUGAUUGACGUUGAUUUAGUGCCAACUUUACAAUUCGAGUUGCCAAAAAAACCAACUUCCUCAAAAAUUGAUUUCAAAAAAGUAGAGAACACAAAUGUUUCAUAUUACUUUGCUGUUCCUAAACCAAAUGAUGACGAAUUUAGUUGGAGACUGGCAUUCCCUUACCAAGAACGGUUCUAUAUGAAGACGAGGAAUAAUUGUAAAAGUGCGUUAAAACUCAUAAAAUUGUUCCGUGAUAUUCAAGGUUUUGAAAAACUAGCUAGCUAUUUUAUAAAAACAUUAUUUCUGUGGGUAAUAGUAGAAAACGAUGAAGACUUUUGGAAAGAAAAAUCACUAGCAUACUUAGUUCUUUAUAUGCUAGGAAAAUUGAGAAACUCUUUAGCUGUAGCUACAAUUAAAAAUUUUUGGUGUCCUGAACACAAUUUACUUGAAAAAAUUAAUCAGCAAACCUGUCUAAAUUGGUCUAAUAGAAUAUCUAACAUAAUUAAAGAUAUAGAAAGACAAAAGGUAAAAAAUCCAUAUGUAGUGUUAAAGUACUUUACAAAGCAAGGAAAUAAAGGAGGUCAUAAUGGUUUCGAACCCAAGGUGUAA